AUGAAGCAGACCACCGCAAAGGCAGCGCCCAGCGCGCGAACGCCGACAGUCGCGGGAAAGCCCAAAGUCACAGAGUCGAAGAGUGGUCCUGGAGGGGGUUCAGGUCUUCGUGACAAGGCAGCAUCAUCUCGGCCCGCUUCCGCGGCUGGAAAGAAGAAUGUGGACAAGACCGUGCCAGCGGUUGGCAAAGCACCUUCCACUGUUGCUGCCACCAAGUCCGCGGCUCGCUCGACACCCACCGCUAUUUCCCGCACACCUCUAAUAAAGGCUUCAAGUAACUUACCGGAAGAACCUUCGUCGAAUGUAUCACCGGCUUCUGUCCAGGAACCAGCAGAAGUGCAGCAAGUCGGCAAUAUCAAUGUCCAGGAGAAAAGCUUUGAGCCUCGCAUCGGUCUUGCCCGAGUACUCACUCGGCGUUUAGCUCUAACGCAGGAUACAAACACCCUUUCGACAUCCGGAUCUGUCGAUACUACCUCACUCAAGGCUGACAUUGAAAACUAUUACAGAGAAGCAAUUGGCCUUUGCCCUCGGUACCACGAUGCAUACAUUGAGCUUGGCGGUUUUCUCGAACAACAUACUUCACUCGUCGCUGCAGCUGAUCUUUACGCUACCUUCCCUUUCGAGCGAAAUACGGACCCAAAGUUACCGGAAACGAGUCAGGACGACCUCUAUAUUGAUUCAGAGAUUACACGGAUUUUUAUGAAACUGAAGCGGUUUAGGGAUCCGGUGCUCAUUCGUAGUUUGAUUGCGGAGGGAAGGGCAAUGGGGAUCGGUGUGCUUGGAAAGAAUAUUGAGACGUUGGACGCAGCUGGGGAAAAUAAAACGUUGAUGGAGGUGUACGCGGGAGUUAACCGAAAGGCAUUGGAUGAUCCUGAAAUGGUGGCGUUCUUCAAGAUAAAGUAUUGGAUAUGAAAACUCCUGUCUUGGACAUUGAUUCCGAUCUCACGUCACAGGGACAGGCAAACACAGGCCAUCAACUCGCAAAACAAGGAAUAAACAGAAAGGCCACACAUCACAUCAUUUCCGUGAUAUAUAAUGGCACACUCUAAACCAAUAUUUAAACACAUCAAUACAACAUCAAUGAGCCCUGGCCAGCUCUGAAAAGUAAC